AUGGCGAGUGAUUCAACAAACGGAGACUCGACAGCCGAACUGGACAGCUUUUUGUCUCGAUCUUUUCUCGACUUGGAGAAAAUAGACGAAAACUUGUUUAGGAGCAGAACAUUGUGGAAACAUAAAACAGCCAGAGGGGUCUACGGUGGGCAAAUUAUCGGCCAGGCCCUGGUAGCUGGUUCCCAAGGGAUUGCAGAACAUCAACAUAUUCACAGUUUGCAUUCGUAUUUCCUUCAGAAAGGUAAGCAAGAUUUACCUAUCCUCUAUCACGUUGACAAGAACCGAGAUGGAAGGACCUACUGUGCCCGCUCUAUCAAAGCUGUACAAUCAGGCAGUGUCAUAUUCACCAUGCAGGCAUCCUUCAAACUUCAAGAACCAUUCAGGACAAUCCACCAACUGCCAAUGCCUAAGGUGCCUCAGCCCGAUCAGCUGGAAACGGCCACAGAAUCUCUAGCCAGAUUUCACAAGAGUGACAAACUUUCGGAGAAUCGAUAUUAUUUUGGGAAGGAAUGGUAUGAUUCGUUUCCAGCCACUAUCAAAUUUAUCAACCCUGACGAGCUUCUUCUCGAAAGAACUUUUUAUCCUAAACGGUUGAUGUGGGUGAAGGCCAAGGGUCAUAUUAGUGGAGAUGCCCACCAAAACACACACAAGUGCUGCCUUGGCUACUUAUCUGAUGCAUUCAUCCUGGCAACAGCGUUAUUUCCUCUGGCCCCUAUUAAGAAGAGAUCUGCAGUUUUCUUAACAUCCCUGGAUCACAGCAUGUGGUUCCACGCCCCUUGCAGAGUCGACCAGUGGCUGCUGUUUGAGUACAGCGUGGAGCAAGUAGGUGAUGGCCGUGCUCUUUGCCAUGGCAGCAUCUGGGACAUGAAUGGGACUCUGGUGACAACGGUUGCCCAGGAGGGAGUGUUGAGGCACCAAGAAGAACCAGCCAAACUCUAG